CCCAGGCUCCGGCAUCCAACCUGCUGUCGCCGCGGCCAGGCCGAGCGCAGCAGGCGCCACGCGCAGAGCACACGCUCGCGCUCCAGCUCUCGGACUCCGCCGUUCAUGACCGUGACCCCCGGCCGCAGGCUCCGCCAGCCCCCGCUGCAGGCUCUCUGGCCGCACCCCGCCGCCGCCAGGGUCCUCCCCUAUCCCCAAGCGCUUUGAAGCCAGCCCGCGCCCCCUGCCCGCUAGCGGCUGCCUGGCUCGGCUGGCACCAUGCUGCCCGCGCGCGUCCGCCUGCUCACGCCCCACUUGCUGCUCGUGUUGGUGCAGCUGUGCCCGGCCGGCGGCCACCGCACCACCGGCCCCAGGUUUCUAAUAAGCGACCGUGAUCCUCAAUGCAACCUCCACUGUUCCAGGACUCAACCCAAACCCAUCUGUGCCUCUGAUGGCAGGUCCUAUGAGUCCAUGUGUGAGUACCAGAGAGCCAAGUGUCGAGACCCAGCCCUGGGAGUGGUCCAUCGAGGGAGAUGCAAAGAUGCUGGCCAGAGCAAGUGUCGCCUGGAGAGGGCUCAGGCCUUGGAACAGGCCAAGAAGCCUCAGGAGGCCGUGUUUGUCCCAGAGUGUGGUGAGGACGGCUCCUUCACACAGGUGCAGUGCCAUACUUACACGGGGUACUGCUGGUGUGUCACCCCAGAUGGGAAGCCCAUCAGUGGCUCUUCUGUGCAGAAUAAAACUCCUGUAUGUUCAGGUCCAGUCACCGACAAGCCCUUGAGCCAGGGUAAUUCAGGAAGAAAAGUCUCUUUUCGUUUCUUUCUAACCCUCAAUUCAGAUGACGGCUCUAAGCCCACCCCCACGAUGGAGACCCAGCCUGUAUUCGAUGGAGAUGAAAUCACGGCUCCCACCCUAUGGAUUAAGCAUUUGGUAAUCAAAGACUCCAAAUUGAAUAACACCAAUGUAAGAAAUUCAGAGAAAGUCCACUCUUGUGACCAGGAGAGGCAGAGUGCCCUGGAAGAGGCCCGGCAGAAUCCCCGUGAGGGCAUUGUGAUCCCCGAGUGCGCCCCCGGGGGCCUUUAUAAACCGGUACAGUGUCACCAGUCCACAGGCUACUGCUGGUGUGUCCUAGUGGACACAGGGCGCCCAUUGCCUGGGACUUCCACACGCUACGUGAUGCCAAGUUGUGAGAGCGAAGCCAGAGCCAAGAGUGCCGAGGCGGAGGACCCUUUCAAGGACCGGGAGUUGCCAGGCUGUCCUGAAGGGAAGAAGAUGGAAUUUAUUACCAGCCUGCUGGAUGCCCUCACUACAGACAUGGUUCAGGCCAUUAACUCAGCAGCGCCCACUGGAGGUGGGAGGUUCUCAGAGCCGGAUCCCAGCCAUACCCUGGAGGAGCGGGUGGCACACUGGUACUUCAGUCAGCUGGAUAGCAACAACAGUGACGACAUUAACAAGCGGGAGAUGAAGCCCUUCAAGCGCUAUGUCAAGAAGAAAGCCAAGCCCAAGAAAUGUGCCCGGCGUUUCACCGACUACUGUGACCUGAACAAGGACAAGGUCAUCUCACUGCCUGAGCUGAAAGGAUGCCUGGGUGUUAGUAAAGAAGGUGGUAGCCUUGGCAGCUUCCCCCAGGGAAAACGAGCAGGCACAAACCCAUUCAUUGGACGCCUUGUCUAAGGAGCAGAAAAUCCAAGGGCCAGUGGAGAGUCCAAGGAGACAGGACCAGCCAUCAGACACCUAACCUUCAGCACUGCUCACGCCCAGCCACAGCCCAUGUAACAUAAGUGGUGCCUGCCAUGUUUGCACUUUUAAUAACUCUUAUGUGUGUGUUUUGUUUCUGGUCUCAUUUGUAAACACCAGUUAUCUAAUACCGCAGCGGGAACAGGAAAGGGAAGAAAAGCUGUUUGUUCUCUUUUAUUGUGAAGUUUUUGGAUCUGCUACUGACAACUUUUAGGUUAUUGGGGAGGGGGGUUGCUAUUGGGAUUGAGAGGAAAGAGAUUUAUAUACUGUAUAUAAAUAUAUAUGUAAAUUGUAUAGUUCUUUUGUACAGGCAUUGGCAUUGCUAUUUGUCUCCUCGCUGCCCCCUCCUUCCUCUGGACGCAUGGUCCAGCCUCCUCAGACUGCAUCCUUAGCUCACCUGGGUUUCAAUGGAGACGGACUCUGUGUGAGAGUAGAUGGCGGCUCUGUGCUCGUGCUGUGGACACUGUCAGCUCUCUUCUGGUGGGAAGAGUGUACUGCUCCAUGCCAUUAGCUGUCAACGUCUUGUCACUUGACCCUAGGUUGGGUAUGAGCAGAGCUCAGCUCAUGUGAUGAUGGCCAGCACGGACUCCAGAAUUCUCCAGUGGCCCACAUACUCCUACUAUUCAGAUGCCCUUGGCAAUCUAGGGUAAAUACCUGAGCAAAUUAUGCUUGAAGGGGUUGAGUUGGGCUACUUUAAACAUUUCCACCCAUAUUUAGCAGCUGCCCCAUGUAGGGCACCAGAGGGGAUACACCAAGCAGGUGAGGAAGGGACACCCAGCAGGGCUCUCCUUCAGCAGGCGUUUGGCAUCCAGCGAGAUGGUGGAGAGGAGAGGCCUGCACCAGCCCGUCUGCAAACCCACAGGACAGGCUCCAUAAGCACGUCUCCCCUAACACUAGCGUCAGACUGUGUCUUACUUCCAUGCUCUCCCUCCACCUCUCACCCUCAUCCUCACCUUGUUGACCAGUACUGGAGUUGGUCCUCUGAUUCCUUCACCUUUGCUCAUGGACUUCCAGACCUCUGAACCAAUUCUAGGAGUUGAAACAUUCAUGUGCUGUCCCUUGCUUCUGCUUCCCCAGGAGGAACAGGAAUAAUAAAUAAUCCAGCUCCAGGGGAAUCUAGGCUUUUGCACAGGGUGUUACUGGGAUUGCAGAGUGGCCAUCUGGCCUUCAGGACAGACAAACAGCUCCUUCUGUCUAGGUGCCAUACUGAUUCAGGUGGUCUUCAGUCAGAGCGUCAAGUGACACUUAGCAGCUGUUUCCAACGCCAGCCGUGGUGGCAGUGAGGGAGGUCAGGAGCUCAGGGCUGGUGCUUUCACUGGUUUGGUCUUGGCAAACUGGCCUUGUCUGGUAUUCCAUCUCAGUAUCCCAGAAGCGCAUCCACCUUGGUAGACCCUCUUCCCUCUUGGGUCUGGAAGGUGUUGGCCUCAUACAUGCUGCCUGGGUGUGGGGAACACAGCCUUCUCGGGACUUGAUUUGCUGAAGUGUUGGUUACAGAACGUUCCUGCUAUUCUGCAGAAAGUCACACAUGUUGUCCCGUGAUGACCAGUGACCCUUUCUUGGAGCCUUGACCAAAAAACAAAAAUGAAAAGAAAAGAAAACAAACCAAAACAAAACCCACAGUGUACUGGAGCCAGAUGGCCCUCACAGCAAACUCCGGCCCCAUUUUCUGGCCUGAAGGAAACAUGUACACAGAGAAGCCACCUCCACGAAGGAGUUCAGAAUCUGCCCAGCCAUCUUCUCUCUCACAGAUGGGUGCAGGCUGUGCUGUGUGGGUUUCCCUUGGGAGGGAGGGAGCAAGGGAAAGUAUU